AUGCCGAGUCGCGCCGCCUCCGUGUCCAAGCAGGCGCAGGCCCUGGGCAGGACGGCCACCAUCCGCAGCGUCCCCAGCUUCGAGGGCUCCGAGACGGGCCCCGAGAGCAACCACGCCAGCGGGCUCUCCAGCAGCGUCACCAGCAAGGCCAGUAACCUGUCCACCGUCGUGUCCGCCGCGCCGGCCGAGACCGAGACGGCCAGGCCCAGCCCCGACAACACCCCGAGAGAAUCGCCCGAGCAGCACAAGUCCAACGACGUCAGCAAUGGCCACAGCGCCGCCGCCGCCGUUGACCCCGAGCCUGCGGUCGCGGUGGCGGUCGCGGACCCGGCGUCGGUGCCCCUGGAAGACAACGGCGACGAGCACGGCGACAGCGCGCAGUGGGACUCGACCAUUGGCAAGGCCGGGCUGGGCAAGACGGGGCGGGUCAUCAACAAGCUCGUCAGCGACAACGAGGCCCUGAAGCGCGAGAUCAAGAUUGAGAAGCUGCGGGCGGAGGAGGCCCGGCAGGCGGCCAAGCUGGUCGAGGACAAGAUGGAGCGCAUGAUCAACGACUACGAGAGCCGGCUGCUCGAGGCCAACGUCACCAAGACGCUGCUUGCCAGGAAGGAACGGCAGGUUGAGACGCUGCUGGCGACGGUCGACACGGAGAAGAAGAAGACGGUGGCGGCGCAGGAGCUGGAGCGCAACUGGCGGGACGAGAUGGAGAAGGUGAGGCGCGACGCCAAGACGCAGGUCGACGACGCGACGAGCUACGCCCAGCUCAUGGAGGGCCGCUACAACGCCAUCUCGUCCCACUGGCGUGACCAGGGCGACGAGGUCAACAAGGCCAUCUGCACCAUCAAGACGGAGAUCAACACCAUCGUUGACGAGCGCAAGUCGGACGACGAUAAGAUCCAGACGCUACGGGACUUGUGCGAGCAGCAGGACAGCAACAUCCAGAAGCUGAGGCGCGAGAAGGAGGACAUUGCGCGCCUCUUUGAGGAGUACAAGAAGGCGCAGGAGGACAACCUCAGGGACAUCAAGGAGAACGCCAGGAAGACGGAGGAGGAGCAGCAGAGGAUACUGGAAGAGUCCAGGGAGACGCUGCACAAGCUGAGAUGGGCGCUCAAGGUCAAGGAGAAUGUCAAGGGGGCUGAAUGA